AUGAUACAAAGAACCUUAAUAUCUCAAAAUCAUUUGCAGGAAAUUCUGAACGAGUUGAGCCGAGGAGCUGGUUGUACCCCAGAGGGCGCUCUGAACGCGAUGCUGCAGUUCAUCUUCCAGCAAAGCACAGCCGACACCCGCUGGCUGCGCCGGCGCAUGGCCACGGAACUGGCGGAGCUUCUCGCCAAGACUUCCUCGGGGAAGAUCUUUGAGUCCCUAACUCUCCGCUCCUUGGAAGUGGGUUCAGAGUUUCCCAUCAUCACGAACAUGCGUCUUCUAAGCGGGGAGUUGGAAGACGAUGGAGCGCGGCUGCGGUCCCUUGACCUUCGGUUUGACCUGGCCUAUGACGGCAACUUCAGGAUCGAUGUGGACGCUGUUAUGCUGCUGGGGAAAAUCGCAAACAUAUCUAUUACAGUGGAAAGCAUCAGCGGUACAGUGCGCGUUAUGUUCCGCCGAACGCCGUACACACAUUGGGCGCUCGCCUUCGAGUCGCCGCCCAAGCUAGAGCUACGAGUACGAGGCCGCUUUCAGGGGCGCCAACUCAAGCCACGGCUAGCUUCGUUAGUGGCAGCUCAUAUAAGGAGAGCCGUGGCGCAGAGGCACACGCUGCCUAACUACAAGAUACGCUACAAACCCUUCUUCCCCAAAUCCGAACCAGGCAGCACGGAAGGUGAAGACGGGCCGACUCCAAACGGCCGGCUGACAGUACGUCUAGUUGAAGUCACGCGGUUACAAUGGCCGGGGCAAGUCGGCACUGUGCGGGCGGCCUUAGCUGUCGACUCUCAUGGAUGGGUAUCACUACGGCGGGGUGUGUUAGUACUAGACAUAGUACUGCCAGCGGUCGCAGGGCCCCUUGGCUUGGUGUGCUGCCAAGGAGUGGGUGUGGUGCUAGUAGAUACCGUGGUACCCAUGUCGCCGGCCUACCGCGCUGAUCUGAGGAGGGAUGACGUAGUCCUGGCUAUAGACAACAAACCCAUCAACAAUGUUGCACAGUUGCCGAGGAGUGGUCGAAUGCUAGUGGAUAUCGUGGUGCCCAUGUCUCCGGCCUACCGCGCUGAUCUGAGGAGGGAUGACGUAGUCCUGGCUAUAGACAACAAACCCAUCAACAAUGUCGCACAGGUAGGCAAGCUCCUCCGCUGCGUCGAACGGCGCGCAGUUACGGUGCGCGUACGACGCGGCGGGACCAACGGUAAUGCUUGCCGAGACGACACCGCGCCGGAGCCGAGACGCGUCCGACCCAACUUCACCUUCCGACGCGUGUCAGAAGUCAUGGAGGGGGUCAGACUUCAGGGCAUGAGGGCGGCCGCUUCUAGGAGUAAUUUACAGGACCCUGACCAAUCCCCAGCCAAAUCACCGGAACCGCCAAUUGAGACUGAACCACAAGCAAAACCCAAAACUGACCCAGCAAAACCGCCAAAGUCCACCGAACAAACCCCUGGAAACUUCGGUCUACGCAAACGCCGAUGCUCCGUAGAAAAUAAGUCUUCCGACAGCUCUGCGGGAAGCACCCCUCCCGCUUCAGGCGCCAGUACCCCCCUCAGACAAGUGACAGCUGUCAACAAAACUGUCAAACACCCUGAAAUACCCAUCAUUAGGACAGACUCAUCGGAAUGCAAGGUCACAGAGAAAGGAGACGUGUUGGACGACGAGGAACAAAUAUUUGAAACAGGUGGACCAAGGCAGUGUGAGCACGUAGAGAUUUGUCAAAUGUUUUGGACCAAGAGUAUACCGUUGAAACCUAUCAUACCUUUCGAUGAGGAAACGGAGUUCAAACUAAAUGAGAAUCACAAAUAUUUGAAUAUAAAUGUGUGGGCCACGGUAACGGGGGAGAAAGACGAAAUUUUGUUAGGCUAUUUAAAUAUUCCACUUGCUGCUUUGCUGGCGGAGUGUCAAGACUCGACAGUGCCCCAUCAUAUGAAGAGAUACCAGUUUCUGCCUCCUGAUGUCGAUAUCAAAUUCAGCAAAAGCCACAAGCUGUCCUCCCACGCCGGCUUCGAGCCGUGCCUGUGCUUCGGCGACGCGCUAGUAUGGUGGGAGUGGGAGGGCGAGCAGGGGAUUCUUUUUCCUCACAGCAAAAGCCACAAACUCUCCUCCCACGCUGGCUUCGAGCCGUGCCUGUGCUUCGACGACGCGCUAGUAUGCAAAAGCCACAAGCUGUCCUCCCACGCCGGCUUCGAGCCGUGCCUGUGCUUCGGCGACGCGCUAGUAUGGUGGGAGUGGGAGGGGGAGCUGCGGGGCGGGGGCGGGGCCCGCACGCGCGCCCCCCGCGACGCCCCCCCGGCGCCCCCUCAACCGACCCGCGCGGCCCAUGACUUUGUGAGGACGCACUUCCACAGGUCAACGCAGUGCGACUUCUGCAAUAAGAAGAUAUGGCUGAAAGACGCGAUGCAAUGCAGAAACUGCGGACUGUGCUGCCACAAAAAGUGCGUCGCCAAAUGCCAAGAGUCGUCACCCUGUAUACCCAAGCAGGAUCGAGACAAAUCGACGAGCCUCAACUGCCCUCCUCCCGAGCUGAUCAUGACAGAAGCUGAUUCCAUUGCAGAUCCCGACUCAGAUGAUGAACCAGAACGAAAAGAUUCCCUUGACGUACACGAGGAGGGUGGCGGCGCCAUGAGCGCGCUUGUGGCGGGGCUGCGACGCGCCGGCUCCGCGCACUCGCUGUCCGCGCCGAAGACUUGCUCCUCCUCGCGGUCGCUGCCACCUUCGCCGAGUCAUACGCCGAGCCCUUGUAACGCAAAGGAAGCAGUCUCUCGAGCCGGUGGGCAACCCGUUCGCCGGGUGCGGGGCGACGUGGCUGGCGAGGGGCGGCGUGAGUGCCAUGCUGCAGCCGGCGCUGCGCAGCGCGUUGCCGCCCGACGCGCUGCUGGCGGCCGCGCGGGACUGCGCGCCUGA